AUGUCAGAAAUCAACCCCGACGACUGCACGCUGGCCACUUGCCCAAUUGAUCUGGCCUAUAUCAAUUACCAACCUAACUUAGCGGCAAAUAUCCUAUUCCUCGCUAUUUUCGGUUUAUUUCUCAUCGGACAACUUGCCAUCGGAUCAUGGUAUCGAACAUGGACUUACAUGGUCGCCAUGUCAGCAGGACUUAUCCUGGAAGUAAUAGGCUACAUCGGACGAGUCAUGAUGCAUAGCAACCCAUUCGAAUUCAAUGCAUUCCUUCUAUACCUCAUCUGUCUAACGAUUGCCCCAGCCUUCUUCACCGCAGCCAUCUACAUCUGCCUAGGAAGAAUCGUCAUUAUCUACGGCGAGAACAUUUCCAGAAUUCGCCCGCGCACAUACACAAUCAUCUUCAUAACCUGUGACGUAAUCGCAUUAAUCCUCCAAGCCGCCGGCGGUGCCAUCACGUCCAUAGCCGACUCCGACCAAAAAGACCUAAAGAGAUAUGGGCGAUUGGCAUUCCAGGUUGCAUCUUUGACGCUGUUUAUCGCUAUGGCCUCGGAAUUUGCUCUGCGCGUACGCAAAACUCCGGAAGAAAUGAGGAACGCAUUUACUGCCUCUAUCCGGCGUGGUUGGAAGUGGAAGGCAUUCCUUUUUAGUAUUGCCGCUGCCGUUCUCACGAUUUUCAUCCGGUCCUGCUUCCGUGUUGCUGAGUUGCAAGGUGGAUUUGAUAGUCAUUUGGCGAAUGAUGAGAUUACUUUGAUGGUUUUGGAGAGUGCUAUGAUUACUAUUGCGUGCUUUUGUAUGACGGCUGCGCACCCGGCGCUCGUCAUGGGUCGGCGAUGGGGUAGUCUCAGGGCUAAGUCUGCGCCUGUGGAAGCGGCUUCAACUAAAGUCUCGAUUGCUUCUUCUGGUUAUGAGAUGAACAGCGUGCCUUAUGGUCAUGGUUAA